AUGAGCUCUGUUUCCAAUUCCAAGCUUAUCGUUGUCAUCCAUCAACUGCGUCGAAAUUUUCUUCGAAAUCUUCGAGUUAGCUAUUUUCGGACCUUUAAGAAAGGCACUGCAAACUGCAUAAAAAUAUCUACUCCCAAUGUUAUAAGAGCAAGACCACACAAAAAAAUGGAGCUAAAAGAAAUAGAGGAGCAUUUGAUCGGUGCAUCACAUGCAAGUGAUCAACACUUGAGGCUCCCCCGCGAUAUUUUCCCUAACAAGUUUCAAUAUGAAAUAAUUCGGCACAGGGCUGUCCUUCUGUUGCUUAGCUCGGAGUUGGUACUUUGUUCCUUUUUGUUUUAUAUGGGAUUGCAAGCUAAUGAGGGAGCCAAACUUGUUAUUUCAGUAUUUGUUGUCUUCGGUGGAUCAGUUGCUACCUUCAUUACAUGUACGAUGACAUAUUAUGCCGCGCUCGACCGGCCGAAGACCGCAGCGAACAGACUGGCGCUUGUGAAAUUUAUAGCGGACUUGAAACCAGGAAUUGACAUGAGAGAGUGGGAUGUUAUUGCUGCUCGAAUGAACUUAUCUAUGCAUCGCAGCAGCUCAUUGGUUUCACCUUAUUUCUUUUACGAUGGUGAGUCGUGCUAUUCCUACUUUAGGAGCUGUUGCCUAGUGCCUUUCUUGGCAUUCAAAAGCGCAAACGAUGCAAAGGAAAAUAAGGUACCUUUAAGUGAAUAUCAGCGCAUGCUUGACCAUGCUAUAAGAAUAUACGAAAGGGCGAACGAGGACUGGCAACAAGUAGUAAAUGGAAAUUCGUCGCUGGAAACUUAG